AUGAACGACCAAAUGGAUAAGAUUUUUAUUCAUUCAAACGAUAAUGAGAUAACCAUCAACUCCCUAGCUAACCAUUUUACAGAUACUAUUAACAAAGCAGCUACGAGUUUAAUAUCUUUCAAAAAAUUGAAGAAGAAUUCCAAUAAGGUGGGAACGAAUUCAAUUCCAAAGCAGAAUUGGUUUGAUAAUAACUGUUACCGUCUUAAAAAAGAACUACGAAACUUAGGGAAGCUAUUAUCUAAACAACCAAAUAACCCUUUUGUAAGACACUUGUUCUUCACCAAGAAAAAAGAAUACAAGAAAUUAACUAGAAAACGUAAGAGGAAUUUUCAUAGCAAUAUAUUGGAUAAAAUUAAAAUCCUGGCGGAUAGCAAUCCGAAAGCGUUUUGGAACCUUGUUAACUCAAUUAAAUCCAAUCGUACUAGUGGUUCCAACGAAAUAUCGCCCGUUGAGUGGUUUAACUAUUUUCACGACCUAAAUAAGACUAAUUUUUCCUCUGAGAGCACGAGCACUGAGUCUCGAAUAGUCGCUGAUAUUAACCUUUGGGCGACCAGUGGUGUUGAGAUUCUUGACAAACCAAUUUCUUUAAAAGAAAUUCACGACAUCUCUAGAAAACUCAAACCUAACAAAGCAAGCGCAAACGAUUCACUUAAUAAUGAAAUUAUUAACUUAAUAAUGAAAUUAUUAAAAUAUCAUCCAUUAGUUUAG